GCCGCCGCCGCCGCCGCCGCCGCCGCACUAGCCCGCCGCGGGCUUCGCCUGCCGCCGCGGCCGCAGCAUGCCGAACAGGGCCCGCCUGGACACGGCGCUGAGGAUGUCCCUGCAGCGGAAAUCCUCCAAGAUCCACUCCUCGGCUGGACCCGUCUGUUCCCCCUCGGGCUAUAAGAAGGCGGAUGAUGAGAUGUCCGGAGCCACGUCCUCGGCGGAUCUGGACGAGGCACCAGCCCGCACCAUUUACUUGAACCAGCCCCAGCAGAGCAAGUUCCGCGACAACUGGGUCAGCACAGCUAAGUACAGCGUGGUGACAUUUCUACCUCGAUUCCUGUAUGAGCAGAUCAGAAAAGCUGCAAAUGCAUUCUUCCUCUUCAUUGCCUUACUGCAGCAAAUUCCAGAUGUGUCUCCAACAGGAAGAUAUACCACCUUGGUGCCAUUGCUAUUUAUUUUAACAAUUGCUGGCAUCAAAGAAAUUAUAGAAGACUAUAAAAGGCAUAAGGCAGACAGUGCAGUGAAUAAAAAGAAAACAAUAGUUUUAAGAAAUGGGAUGUGGCAGAACAUUAUUUGGAAAGAGGUAGCAGUAGGCGAUAUUGUGAAGGUCACCAAUGGGCAACAUCUUCCAGCAGAUAUGAUCAUUAUAUCUUCCAGUGAACCACAAGCCAUGUGCUAUAUUGAAACAGCUAAUCUUGAUGGGGAGACGAAUCUUAAAAUACGACAGGGGUUGUCUCUAACUGCUAGUCUUCAGUCAAGAGAAGAAUUGAUGAAAGUAUCUGGAAGGAUAGAGUGUGAAGGACCCAACCGUCAUCUUUAUGACUUCAUUGGAAACUUGCGCUUAGAUGGUCAAAGCCCAGUUCCUGUUGGUCCGGACCAGAUCUUGUUAAGGGGUGCACAGCUGAGAAACACUCAGUGGGUCUUGGGCAUUGUUGUGUAUACAGGACAUGAUACAAAACUCAUGCAGAAUUCAACCAAAGCACCUCUGAAGAGAUCAAAUGUGGAGAAAGUAACCAACAUGCAGAUCCUGGUCUUGUUCUGCAUUCUUCUGGUUAUGGCCCUUGUGAGUUCUGUAGGUGCCUUAUUAUGGAACAGAACACACGGUGAAGUUGUCUGGUACCUUGGCUCCAACAAAAUGCUGUCUGUCAACUUUGGAUACAAUCUGCUGACAUUUAUAAUCUUGUACAACAACCUUAUUCCAAUCAGUCUUCUGGUGACAUUAGAAGUUGUGAAGUUUACUCAGGCUCUUUUUAUAAAUUGGGACAUAGAUAUGUAUUAUCCUGAAACAGAUACUCCUGCAAUGGCCAGAACCUCAAACCUUAAUGAGGAACUUGGACAGGUAAAAUACCUGUUUUCUGAUAAAACCGGUACUCUAACGUGCAAUAUCAUGAACUUCAAGAAAUGUAGUAUUGCUGGAGUGACAUAUGGUCACUUUCCUGAACUGGAAAGAGAACGUUCAUCAGAAGACUUCAGCCAGCUACCUCCUCCUACCAGUGAAUCAUGUGAAUUUGAUGACCCAAGACUGCUGCAAAACAUUGAAAAUGACCAUCCCACAGCUGUGCACAUACAGGAGUUCCUCACUCUGCUGGCUGUGUGUCAUACUGUUGUUCCUGAGAGACAAGGAAAUAACAUAAUCUACCAGGCCUCCUCUCCAGAUGAAGGGGCCUUGGUGAAAGGAGCAAAAAAACUUGGUUAUGUUUUCACAGGACGGACUCCACAUUCUGUUAUCAUUGAUGCGCUGGGAAAAGAAAAAACCUUUGAAAUUCUUAACGUGCUAGAGUUUUCCAGCAACAGGAAGAGAAUGUCAGUGAUUGUUCGAACUCCAUCAGGAAAGCUACGUCUCUACUGCAAAGGGGCUGAUAAUGUAAUUUUUGAGAGGCUUUCAAAAGAUUCCGAGUAUAUGGAGCAAACACUGUGCCAUCUUGAAUACUUCGCAACAGAAGGUCUGAGGACUUUGUGCAUUGCUUAUGCAGAUCUGUCAGAAAACUCUUACAGAGAGUGGCUGAAUGUCUACAAUGAAACCAGUACAGUUCUGAAAGACAGAGCUCAGAAGAUGGAGGAAUGCUAUGAGAUUAUUGAAAAGGAUUUACUGCUUCUUGGAGCUACAGCCAUUGAAGACCGCCUGCAAGCAGGUGUUCCAGAAACAAUAGCCACACUAAUAAAGGCAGAAAUUAAGAUAUGGAUUCUGACGGGUGACAAGCAGGAAACAGCUCUCAACAUAGGCUAUUCUUGCAGACUCAUUUCACAGAGUAUGUCUCUCAUCCUGAUCAAUGAGGAUUCGCUAGAUGCAACAAGAGCCUCUCUGACUCAACAUUGUACCAGUUUGGGGGAGUCACUGGGCAAGGAAAAUGAUAUUGCUCUGAUUAUUGAUGGCCACACACUGAAGUAUGCCCUUUCAUUUGAAGUCAGGCAGAGCUUUCUGGACUUGGCACUCUCCUGUAAAGCGGUAAUUUGUUGCAGAGUAUCUCCUCUACAGAAGUCUGAAAUAGUAGACAUGGUCAAGAAACACGUCAAUGCCAUAACACUUGCCAUUGGGGAUGGUGCCAAUGAUGUGGGAAUGAUCCAGACAGCUCACGUUGGAGUGGGCAUCAGUGGCAAUGAGGGCAUGCAGGCAACCAAUUGCUCGGAUUACGCUAUUGCACAGUUUUCCUACUUGGAGAAGCUGUUAUUGGUCCAUGGAGCUUGGAGUUACAAUCGAGUUACCAAGUGCAUACUGUAUUGCUUCUACAAGAAUGUGGUUUUAUAUAUUAUUGAGCUUUGGUUUGCUUUUGUUAAUGGAUUUUCUGGGCAGAUCUUAUUUGAGCGAUGGUGCAUUGGUCUGUAUAACGUGAUUUUCACAGCGCUGCCACCCUUCACUCUGGGAAUUUUUGAACGGUCGUGUACUCAAGACAGCAUGCUUAGAUUUCCACAGCUAUACAAAAUUACUCAAAAUGCAGAUGGGUUCAACACAAGGGUUUUCUGGGGUCACUGCAUCAAUGCCCUGAUCCAUUCCAUCAUUCUUUUCUGGUUUCCACUGAAAGUGCUGGAGCAUGAUGCAGUAUUCACAAAUGGUCAGGGAAUUGACUAUUUGUUUGUUGGGAACAUAGUUUACACUUAUGUUGUAGUCACUGUUUGUCUGAAAGCCGGCUUGGAAACAACUGCAUGGACUAGAUUCAGUCAUCUGGCAGUCUGGGGAAGCAUGCUGCUCUGGCUGGUGUUCUUUGGUGUCUACUCAGUCAUCUGGCCCACGAUUCCCAUCGCACCAGACAUGAUGGGGCAGGCUGGAAUGGUGUUGAGAUGUGGAUACUUCUGGUUUGGCUUGUUUCUCGUGCCCACUGCGUGCCUUGUUAAAGACGUGGCAUGGACAGCGGCCAAGCAUACCUACCAUAAAACUUUGCUGGAGCAAGUUCAGGAGUUGGAGAUGAAGACAAGAGAGCUGGGAAAAGCCAUGCUUCGUGAUAGUAAUGGAAAGAGCGUGAACGAACGUGAUCAUUUGUUGAAAAGGCUCAGCAGGAAAACUCCUCCGAGCCUUUUCCGUGCUCAUUCUGUCCAGCAAAGUGUAUCACAUGGGUAUGCAUUUUCUCAAGAAGAACACGGUGUCGUUUCCCAGUCACAAGUUGUUCGAUCCUAUGAUACAACCAAAAGGAGAACAGAAAUAGAAUAAAUGGUUCUUUACUUGUUGGGUGGUGGGAAUAAUGGGACUUGGAUCAAUGUAUCCACUGUUAACACAUUCUUGACUAGGGUUGGCAGCAGCAGCCAAAACACCAGAGAACUCAUUUCUGUGGCCUUAGCCAACAAGUUUCUGUAUUCUGCAAACCUUGAGUACAUAUUGUGGGGGGAAAUCAUUGUUUGAAUUCAGUCACAAAGCUCUGCCUAAAGUUCUGUUUAUGUUGUUAUGAAGCAUUUGACUGUGCUAUGUGAGGUGUGAAAUUAAAAACAAUGUUUUACCACUAUUUAAAGCAUCAGCAUACGGUUGCUCUGGGAGAAAAGUAGAAAAUUUAUGUUCCAUGAGAAAUCAGUCUUUGCUUAAUUGGAACGGGGUGCUGAGAUUUCCUGUUUUGUUACACACAGACCAAAUGCACACUGCUGCAUGAAGACCUUACUCCUUCUAAUAUUCACUGUUUACUAAUUUGGCUGAAAUUUUUAACAGACAAUUUGGCAUACAAUUUUUGAUUGCAACACCGUCUGUAGCUGCAAAUGCUUAUUUGCCGCCUUAUGACAGAAUAACACAAGAUAGUAAUGAAUUAGAGUAUUUCUUGCCCUCUUACAGGAUUUAUUAGGGCUCUAUUUAGCUUUCUAAAACCCAAUUAAUAGCUUACCAAGCCAGGAUGUGGAAGUCAGGGAGCUCUGUAAGGCAGCUGUCUUUGGUGGAUGGCAUUGUGCAUGAAGGUGAACUCAGAUGCCUCCUGGUAACUCUUCAUGAUGUAUUUGGAUGCGCAGUUCAAAUGUAGCCUUCCGUUAUCCCAUUCCCACUUUAACAAUAGAACAAAACCAGUGAGAUCUUAAACGGUACAAGCUUGUCAGAUGUUCAGAAAGAUGAUGUGCAUGAGGAGGCUGAUGCUGUAAACCUAAAUAAGCAUUCUCCUGACCAGGUAGAAUGGGCAUGCAAAAGAAAGUUUGGAAGGGUUUACACAUGUGCAUGCACACACAUGUGCACACACACACUGGGCUGGUCACUGUGAGUGGAGACCUGUUUGUUUGUUCAGCCAAACCAGUCCCUCUUCUAGAUGUGAUCCAUCAACAGGCUUCCUCACACACUUGGACCCGUGAGCCCUGGAAAGAAUGCUGGCUCCAUGGCCUUGCUGUGCCAGUAGGACAGGCGUGCUGCUGCAUAGAUUGGAAUUUUGAAAAAAAGCAAAAACUGGGGCAUAAGUUAAAGCUGAAAGAGCUCUUAGAAAGCUUAUGCUGUCCUCCAGACAAGUUCUAUUAAUUUCAGUCGCCAAGCCAUGUUUCCGAAUAGCAUAAAGUAAAUACUGCUGUGUUUUAGCCAGGUUUCGUGGUUAAUGUAUAUACUACAUCAGUGCAUUUAAAAAGUUGGCCUUGUUUUUUGCCCUAUUGACCAUCAUCCAGAACAUUUUAUUGAUUUAAAUAUAUCCGAAAGCAAUUUGAAUAUGAAUAUGUUUAGUGAGGAGAAGGAAAACACCAGCCUGGUCCACUGGCAUCAUCUUCCUUAAGGCUUGUGAGUAAAUGCCAGCACUCAAGUGUCAUAGUUCAAUUCCCAGUGCCACCUUGGAGGCUCAGAGUCCCCUUCCAUGUCAAAAAACAAAUUUAGCUCCUGCAGCACCAGGCAGGAUUGCUCUUGGAUUAGCCUGAUGGCACAGAGGGAAAAGUCAUCACCUUCUUUCUGCAGUGCUAAUGAGACAAUUAUGCAAUAAGGGAAACGUGCACAUAAUUUUGCCAUAGGCAUGUAUGUCAAAGGGCCAAGUGUGGGUGUAUGUGUUUUCUGGGAGAUGUAUUUUGUUUAAAGGCAUGAAUGCUAGUGCAGAGGAUAAAGAAGGGGAGGGUAAACUGAUCCCAGGAGCUUUUAAAUCUUAAUGCCGAUCUAACCUGUUAAACACUUUCUUUUCUUUAGAAACAAAAUCUAUUUAGGAAAUGUGUGGUGUAAGCCUGUCGUCAAAAUUGCUCACUGUUUCUUCCUUUUGUACCAACACAAGGAAAAUUAACUUCCCACAGAGACAAAGCGAGAUCAGCUUAGUCUUUGUACUCUAAGCCACACACUAAACAUUGGUAUGUAAACAAUUCAGAGGCUUUUCAUGAGGAUACAGAAAAAACUUUUUAAAACCUCUGGAUAAUGAAGAAGGGUGAGUAAAUGUGUUGAGUAUUGAAUAGAAAGGAUCCUGGAGUCUCUUCUGUUCUUAACUUAGUGCAAGAAAGUUUUACGGAACAUAAUGAGAGAUUCUGGGGAGGAGUGGCUGUCAUCUAAUGUGAUUUAUUUUAUUAGUGCAGACUAUGGGCUGUAUCAUUCUGACCUCUCUGUAAAUUGAGGUCAGUGUGUGUCACAAACACAAACCCUCCCUAGAGUGAAGAGUGGCUUAGAUUGAGGUACAUGUGUUAGUUGUCAGCUCAAUGGGAAUUACACAUGGGGUUUGUCACAGGGCUAUACAGUAUGUGACACUGGGGCUGGCAGGUCAGACUUUAUCAUCACUGUAAGGCCUUAAUCUCUAGCUGAGUUAAUCCUGUAGAGCCCACCCAGGUCAAGACCUGGCAUUCUUGUUCUUUGGAGUCAUUACAGGAAUUAAUAUAUUGUAAUAUGCUGUAGUCUGACUGCUGGAGUUGAUUGUCUUGGUGAACACUGAAGAGGUGUAUCCUAGUGGUGUGUUAGCAAAAGGAGAAUGGCAGCUGCUCUGCAUCAACAGAAUUCCUUGUUCAUUAACACAAGUGCAUGUAGCAGUAACAGCAACUGCUGAAAGCACUAUUGUGUUAUCAACUAGACAGGAUAUUGGAGCAGAAGGAAUAGGAGAUUUCUGCUUGACUGUCCAGACUUAACCACCUAGGGUUGAUCAGAAAAGGGUUUCUUGGGCAGCUCAACGCACUGACUAAAGUGGUGGUGAGUGGGGAGGAAUAUUCAGAAGGAAGCGGUGAUUUUCCUGAAUUAAACCUGGAUCUGGUUGCUCCUUUUUGUACCACCAUAAUCACUGCUUGCAUAGAAGCUGCUGUUCCUUUAACAAUUGUCUAGUAGCAAAUUAAAGCUGGCAAGCAGGAGCCUGAGCUGAGCACUGCUGAGAAGUCUGUUGACAUUUUCUUUUCCUUGACAGGGCUUCAGGUCUUGCUAUAGGGAGCUAGUAUGGGAAGUCAGUAAUAACUUGUCAAGGAGAAAUGGCAAAUAACCAAUAAAAGUAUCUGAGUCAAACUAAGCUGCUAAUGUAUCUAAAAAUGUGUGUGGAGUUAGCAUGAACUAUGUGGGCUGUAAAUUAAGAUAACAGUCCAGCCUUGCUAAUCUGCACUUCACUAGACCACACGCCUCUUAGUGCACGCCAGAAAUGUGCACUCUCUUCCCUUGCCUCAGCCAGCAGCUAAUAGCAGAUACUGCAGGGAAGUCUCCUGUUACCAAAAUUACAUUAUUUUUACAGCAUGUACAGAAGUGUGUUUGCUGGGAGACAGUCAAUGCUCAUAAAUAAAGAAGAGAAAGCUCGGGUGGACCAGAAGAAGUGAAAUGCAGGGACUGUGACAUGGUCAGUGGCCACACUGGGGGCAACUUGGCCCUCUAUGCAUAAUUCCAAGAACUUGGUCCUGAGGCUGUCCCUGUCCUGCAGGCUUAUCUUGCCUUUUUUGGGCUAGCUUACCAAAUCUGCUGUUUUGCAUUGCCUCCAGUCAUCAGUGCGUACUAGUGGCGCCCUAUUUAUGUUGGUUUUAUAAAUAAUGACUUUAUUUUUAUAUACUCUGAGGACUGUACUUUUGCUGUUAUGCCUCACAGCUCAAGUUUGAAGCAGAUCAGCCCUUGAGUGGGCACCCGCCCCCAAGAAGCGCUUUGGAUUCGUCAGAUUUCUCCCUAUUUUUAAGGCAUUGAGAAUAUUUUACUUUAGUUUUGGAUCAUCACACAGUAUCAAUGCCUUAAACUUCAGUCAGUUUGUAGGGAGAGCAGUUUAUGUCUUGUUGGGUCUAACAAUAAAUGGGAAUGAUAUGAAAUACCUGAUGGGUUGGAGGAGAAUUUGGCUUUGUGCUAUACCUGGUCUGGGUAGCAGUUUGCUUCUGAAACAUGGCACUGAUCUGGGACGUCCCUCAGUCUCUGGACAGGCUCCUUCCAUCCUAUCAGGAAGAACCCUUGUACUCACCUCUCUCAGAGCCUGUCUAUGCUGUAGCUCCAUGCCUCCUCAAGGAUGCUGAGCACCAAGCAGAUGCAGAUCCUCCUCUCUACCUUGUCCCCUGGAUGCAGCCCUGAGGCUGUCCCAUAGGCAGGUAUUAGAAGCACAGCCAAAGCACCUAUCAAAUAGGGAGAGUUCUGAAUUCAAAUCCAAGUGUUGUUCCUAGCCAUGACUCAUAACUACCACUGCAGACAGUAUAAAGAGGUAUACAAGAGAUGUAGACUCAGCAGGCUAUGAAUCUGACAACUGGACUCGUACACAGCCCAUUCCCAUCCAACAGUCAGGCCCUGUGUGAGCAACUGUGUCACUUGCUGAGUGAGUGAACAGGCAAUGACACUUCUUUUGAGCAUGUUGCUUAUUUGCAGCCAUGUCACUGUUGCCCGGAAGCCCUCUGAGCUGGAGCUCUGUCCCACAUCCCACUCUAAAGAGCAGCUCUCCAGCCAGGCUGGGAGGCAGCCCCAAGGAGCUGCCCAUUCCAUAACACAGUGCCAUGGCUGUCUUUGCAUCCCAGAUGGUGGCUGGUGGGACUCCGCCAGCAGCAGCAGGGGUAAAACAAGCUGCUCCAGGAGCACAGUCCCCGCUUCUUUGGAAGCGACCUGUUAGUGCUGAGGAGGUCAGGCCUUUAACAUGACCUGAGCUUUCAGGCAGGUGGUUUCUUUCUGGAGCUUAUUCUUCCUGGUGCAGAGUGCUCUGGGUUGACUGCAGGCAAUUCCUGUUAGAAUAGAUUGAAACAUGCUUUUACCCAUUUUCUGUACCACACACAAAAGGCUCAGUGCUUUGUCUAGUGAAACCAUGUGCAUUGCUUUUUUCUUUUUUUGAGCUUUCUCCUUCUGCAUGUGGUUGGGGCAAGUCUCCUCAGUUUGAUUACACAGUUGGCACAGCCCUGUUACCAUUUUAUUUUCCCCAGUCUUAUAAUAUUGCUUAGACUGGCUUCUUGGAACUGAAUAGCUGCAGGAAGGAAAGAGCUCAGAUCCUUUUACCUGAAAGCUUCAUUAUCCUCCAGAAACCCAAGAAAGCCUCUGCUACCCUUUAGCACUUGUGACCAGAGCUGUGUGUCUGGAGAAGGCCACAGGACAGGUCAGUGCAACAGAUGACAACGAAAUAAACUUUUCAUACCUUUUCCAUACAUAGCAGCAAGAUUAAUGGAGGAUUUGAGCCUUGUUGGCAAAUGAAAACCAGAAUGUGGCCCUGUGCUGCUUGGCCACACAAGUGAAUCCCAGAGGUGAUUGCUUUUCGGUGACCUGCAGAAAGCCCAGACAGCCUGGCUGGUUUUAUCUGGCCAGAAUGUGCUCUCAAAUGGGCUGUCAGGAGUGGUGAAGGGACUGGGAAACAAAAUAGCCAGGCCAAGACCACUGCUGCUGUUAGAAGCAAGGCAGUGGAGGGAUUUCUUGGGAUUCCCUGAUGACCUGGGAUAAAUCUUACUUCCUGGUUCCUUCCUGUGGCUCUGGGAAAGAAAGGUUGAGAGCCGAGUUGUGAGCUCCGUCACCUCCUGAAGUUGAGCUUUCUUUGACGCCAAGCUGAGCCCUGGGCUUGGAGAAAGGGAAUGUGUCCUUGCCAGAUUGCUAAAUUGUUUACUGGCUGCUGUUUGCCUCAUGGACCCACAGAGAUAGAGCACUGGAAUGAAUUAUUGCAGUCCCGGCAGGGAAUAUGUUUCAUGGAGAGAUAAUGGGACUUCUUAGGGGUUGCUCCCGGGCAGGUCCUAUCCCCCAGGCUGGUGGAAGGGGCUUGUUAAUCUGGGGACCUGGGUCUUUUUGUGAUGGUGUGAAGCCUAGAGGUUGUUUCAUUUGGAUUCAUGGCCUGCUCAUUUGUGGUGUGGACAGAUUGGCUGAGUGCUGGUGUUUCUCCAAAGCCUUCCCUUAUGAAGAAGGUGAGACAAGUUUCCCUGAAGUCUGCCAUGAGGAGAUCAUUCUCCCUCAGCUACUAAAGGGAAAUAGAAGUGGGUAAAUAACAAAUUCUGUGUGGGCAAGCUCUGGGCAGGCACGCAGAAAUUUAACAAUGAAGAAAAGACUAACAUAUUGCCAAACUGUCACUGUGCAUAGCUGGGAGGUCAGCACCCUUGUAAUUAUGGAGUGAUGAAGCCAAGGGAAAAAGCCAACAUUAACAGAAGGACGUGAUUGUUUUAAAUUCUGACCACCUUACUGGGUGGCUUCCCUGCGAAGAUGUUCCAGAUGUCGUCUUGGCAUAAAUUAAUCAAUUUCAAAACAUCUGCAGGGUUUCUUAGAAAACAUGGAAUUUAACAGACAGUGCCUAUGCUCUUCUUUGCCCUUCUGGUUGAUGCUCUGAGUCAAGAAGGGAACGCAGGUACUUGCUGUUCUUACUGUCAAGAGCUCGUAGACUUGAAAGUUGCUGGAAGUUGUUUCUCAACUCUCUUUUUAAGAAAGGGCUCCAGAUACAAAGCAAUGAGGCAGCCAAGCCCUCUGGGACUGUGUGUGCAUGUGUGUGCUGGAAGAGUCGUCUGACUUGAAAUCCUCCACCUGUCCCUCGUCCUGCCCCCGAAGUGCAGCCCAUUGCGCUGGGAGGUCAAAUAUUCAGCGGCUUGAGUGACAGGAUCUUUAACAGCAUCUUUUUCAUCAGUGAGCCAAGUCAUGUGCCCGCUUGCCUGUCAUACCUGUACUUGAAUUGCUUAAAUAUUGUUUCAGAUGGGGACGUUUUAAUCUGGAUAUGCAGAGAGGAGUAAUGCUGUGGGGGGAUAUUUAAUUGGCUCCCAGCAGAGCAGCAGUGGUGUGUGGGUUUUUUUCCUCUAGAAGUGUUACCAUUUUCAGGUCCUAUUAAUGUCCUCUGGUAGUUUAAAUACAGCAUCGCAUUACAGUGCGUUUCUGGGAGUUUAUUUCCCUCCCAGACUGAAUACAAAUGAAGGUCAUUUACUUGUAUUUUUAGAAGGUUUGGAAAACUUAGGAAAUUUGUAGCUUUGGACAGCAUUGUUGACUGUUGUAUGUCUGCACAAAAAUAUUUCCAAUAAACCUUUUAUUAAAGCAA